AAAUUGUUUCUUACUCCAUUUUUUUUACAGAGAAAAACUAGACUGGUAGGAUAGAUAGAGUGGGAGAAAUAGAGAGAGAGAGAGUGAGUGACUACAUAAGGAUCUGUCUCUGGGUUCAUGGUUCAUUCAUUCAUCCAUAUUCAAGCUUUGGGGUUUCAUUUCAAUUACAAUGGGAGAGGAGGAGAAGAAGCCAGAGGAAAAGAAAGUGGAGGAGAAGAAGGUAGAAGAGGAAGUGACAAAGCCAGAGGAGGUGGUGGUGAAGAAAGCGGAAGCGGAAGUAAAGAAACCUGCAGAGGAAGAGAAGAAGGAUGGGGGUGGUGAAGAGAAGAAAACAGAGGAAACUAAAGAAGAAACACCACCUCCGCCUCCACCACCACCUGAAGAGACUGUGUUGAGGGUGUUCAUGCAUUGUGAAGGGUGUGCUAAGAAAGUUAGAAAAUGUUUAAGAGGAUUUGAAGGUGUUGAAGAUGUGAAAACAGAUUGUAAAACACAUAUUGUUACUGUAAAAGGAAAGAAGGCAGCAGAGAAUCCAUUGAAGGUUUUAGAAAGAGUUCAAAGAAAGAGCCAUAGGAAAGUUGAACUUCUUUCUCCAAUUCCUAAACCUCCAUCUGAAGAUGAUAAGAAAGUUGAUGAGAAGAAAGAAGAACCUAAGCCUGUUGAAGAAAAAAAAGAAGAGGUAGUGAUUGUCGUUGUGAUUAAAGUUCACAUGCAUUGUGAAGCUUGUGCUCAAGAAAUCCGGAAACGUAUCCUCAGAAUGAAAGGAGUGAAAGAAGCAUUGCCGGAUCUGAAGAGCUCACAAGUAACAGUUAAAGGAGUAUUUGAUCCACCAAAGUUAAUCGAGUACAUUUACAAGAGAACAGGGAAACAUGCAGUAAUUGUAAAAACAGAGCCAGAGAAGAAAGAAGAGGAGAAAAAAGAAGGUGAAAAGAAAGAAGGUGAGGGAGAUGAGAAGAAAAAAGAAGAAGGUGGUGAGAAGAAAGAAGGUGGAGGAGGUGAAAAGAAAGAAGGUGGUGGUGAAGGAGAAGAGAAGAAGAAGGAAGGUGGAGAAGAAGCAAAGCCGGCUGAAGGAGCAGCAGCAGAAGAAAAAACAGAGAAAAUUGAAUUGAUAAGGAAUGAGUUCUAUUAUUACCCACCAAAAUACAAUAUGGAAUAUGUCUAUCCACCACAGAUUUUCAGUGAUGAAAACCCUAAUGCUUGUUCUGUAAUGUAGUAAAUCAUGCAUGAAGAAAUUUCAUUCAUGGUAGGUAUAAGAACAAUAUAGAAUUUUACGAGUUUUUUUUUUUNUUUUCUUUUCCCUUUUAUAUGUAGAAAAAUUAGUAUAUGUAUGAGGAAGAAAACUUCUUGAGCUUUUUUAUUUGUUUUUUAGUCUUUUGCAGGAAAAAUAAAUAAAAGUAAGUGUAAUCUUGUAAGCUUUUUCUAAUGGAGUUUUAAGAUAGUAGUGAGUGACUGAUAAAGAUAUAGUCCUCCUCCUUCUGUAAGUAGAAAAAAAAGAAGAGAGCUUUGAAGAACAUUUAAUGGAAAAA